AACUCCCUCUAGGAGACAGCCAGGCAAUUUUCUAUGAAUCCGAGGUGUCAAAACUAGAAUAUAGUAAACACGCAGAAAAAUACUCUAUUAUUCUCUGAAACUCACUGCCUGUCAUGGCUGCCAAUGAGACAGUCACCCCACAAUAUCCCCCUCGCCUUCACAAUGACGUCUACCCUUUUAUCUACCCAUCAAAAUUCAAGGGAUCGUUACAAGGCAAGGUGGCAAUCAUCACUGGCGCUGCCGGGACGAUCGGUCAGGGUCUCGCCGAGUCAUUCGCCGUAGCAGGCGCAACACUCGUCCUCGUAUAUAAUCGUACGAAGCCGUCGGAAGCCCUUUUGGACCGGUGCAGAACUUUUGGCGCGAGCGCUAUCAGCACCCUCCAGUGUAACGUUUCUCAGUUGGAAAACUGCGAGAAGCUUGUGCAACAAGUACUCGACUCUCAGGGGAAGGUUGACAUUCUGGUCAAUAACGCUGGUGCGAAUGACUUGGGCCCGCUCCAUGAACAAACCCCUGAGAAGUUCAUCCACGAUAUCGCCGUCAACUUUCACGGACCGUAUUACCUGAUGAGGCUGCUAUUGCCGACCUUCAGGAAGCAGCGCAGUGGCUGCAUCCUCAACAUCGCCUCGCGCGCCGGCACGGUCGACAUCCCGUACAGCACCAGCUACUGCGCCAGCAAGGCCGCCCUCAUCAACCUGACUGGCUGCGUACAGAAGGAAGUCGACAUCGACGGCUUUGACGACAUUCACUUGUACUCGCUGCACCCUGGCGGUGUGAAAUCCGAGAUGACUCUAAACAAAUACUCAGAGCAAUCGCUGCAGAAACUCCCCCCGUCCGUCGCAGCCGGGAUGACGCGGUGGCUGGACAUGUACAACGACUCGCCGCACCUGAACGGCAUGGUCUGCGUGGCGCUCGCGGCGGGUGUCGCCAAGGAGGCGCUGAAGGGCAAGUACUUUGACGUCGGGCAGGACCUCGAGGACGUCGUCAACCAGGCCGCGGCCAUCAGGGCCGACCCGGAGCUGUACUCGCUCCACACCAACUUCCUCGGCGGACUGUCUAACGGGAACCCGGUCGACAGGCCGAGUGAUGAGCCGUUUGACUUCCCAGGCUUCUGAUGUUUGUUUGCCUAUGCCUGGGUCACUGGACCUAUGCGAGAAAAGUCUAAGGCCCUCUAGCUAUUUAACCAUAGAAGAAUACCAAAUUAUCAAA